ACAGUGCGGCUACCAGUCUAAAACCAGAGAGUGUUAUUGAAGCAGUGCGGGAAUAUUAUGAAAAAUAUUCUCUUAAUAGCCAUAGUGGAGGCAGUGGUCUCUUAGGCCAAAAAGUCCAAAACACCAUUUCACAAACCCGCCAGUUAAUCGCCCAAAAAAUUAAGGCUAACCCGGAUGAAAUUUUUUUUUUGCCUUCCACCACUUACGCACUAAAUAUUUUGGCCUUGUCUGCCCGUGAUUUUUUGGUUCCUGGUGAUAAAAUUUGCUUAACCCGUUUAGAACAUAGUUCUAAUUGUUUUCCAUGGGAAGCCUUGGCUCAAGAAAAGGACAGUCAAGUGAUUUUUUUGCCCUUGAAUGAAAAGUUUACUAUUGAUAUUGACAAAUUGGUAAAUUAUAUUGACAAGAAAACCAAAAUAGUCAGUUUUUUUCAUAUGAGUAAUAGCCUGGGAGUAAUUAAUCCCGUUAAAGAGAUUGCCGCCAAGAUUAAAGAGAUAAACCCGAAUUGCUGGGUGAUAAUUGAUGCUUGUCAAAGCGGAGGCAAAAAAAUUGGAUCCAAUGAUUCUUUGGUAGAGAAAAAUAGGCAUGGACAUUUUAUACAAAGUAUUAAAAGCAGAUAUAAUAUUUUGUCUGAUAAGACUAAAAAUGAACCUUGGCUCUUAACGAGAAAAUUCGAAGUUGGCACUUUAUCAUUAGCCCAAAUAUUUGGUCUGAAAGCGGCUUUUGAAUUUCUUAAUGGUUUAGAUAUAAAAGUAAUAAGUAAUUAUGAGCGAACAUUGAAAAAUUAUGCUUUGGGUAAAUUAAAAGAAUUAGAAAAAGUGAUUAUUUAUAAUCAAGAGUUAGAAACGGUGGAUAUUAUUCUUUUCAACUUGGUCGGCUAUCACGCUCACGACGUGGAAAAUUAUUUAAGCAAAAAUGAUAUUUUAGUGCGGGCGGACAAUUUUUGCUGUCCUUAUUUGCCCGAAUUAAUUGGUGAAGAAGCCGCCGUCCGAAUUUCUCUCUUUAUUUACAAUACCAAAGAGGAAAUUGAUAAAUUGGUUUACUGUCUAAAAGAACUAGUAGAAAAUCCUGAUCUAAUAAUAAAUGCUUUGGAUUUUUUUCAAUAA